UAUGCAAAACAUGCAAAAAUGUGAAAUAACUAAGUAGUGAAAAUGUUAGCAUGUGUGUGUCAGCCAAUGGAGACAGCCUUGUUGUUUAAAGGAGGACCGCCGAUAACAAUGGGACCACUCGGAUCUAACAAAUCUCGUCAUAACACCGAUGUUAUGAAAACAUUAAACAUGAUACCCAAAUCAGUACACAGUCUGGGUGAUGCUAAAGAUAUUUCUGCAUCGUUAAAAUCUGUCCCAGCUUUCAUAGACACUUCUGGAAAUUUAUUAAACCUCAGAAAGAUUGAAAGAGAAGCUCAAUCAACAAAGAUUUUAGUUAAUCCGGUAUGUUCAGAUAGCUUCGGUACAAGCGAUGAUAGUCCAACGAAAUCGACAAAUCAAAAAUGGAAAGGAAAGAAGAAACGCCUUAAGCUCAAGAAUAAGAAAAUGAAUGAUGACACAGAUAAAAAUGCUCGUCGAGACAGCGCAACUGAAGAGAAGAAGUCGAUAAGUUGCUUCAAAAUAAAAAGCCAAGAUAAACGGACAAAUGAUGACACUAAAUUAGGUAAAGAGAAUUGUUUGAAUGAAAACGCCACGAACUUAAUGAACACUCGACCAGAUCUAAUAAAUCAUCCAAGUAACGAGAGAUUGGUUGAUGAGUCUACGAUGACAGAUAACGCGCUUUCAAAUGAUGUGGAUACUGAAAAGACUGAUCUUGUUAGAGAAAACGAGUUAGGGGAAGGGGUGGAGCUUACACUGGGUGAGCUGCGCGCAAUGGCACUUCGCCAGCAGCAACAGAUCGACACACAACACCAACUGCUGUGUGCCAAAGAACAGAGGCUGAGGUACCUGAAGCAGCAAGAGGCGCGACAGCAUCAGGUAGCCGUAGAGGGUGAGCGGUUACGGCGGCUACGCGAGCGCGUUGAGGCUCAAGAGCAAAAGCUACGACGGCUACGAGCGCUACGAGGCCAACUUGAUAGAAAUAAACAAACUAAUAUUGCACUAACCAGCGACUUAGAGUCAAUACGAGCCCUCUUCAAUGAAAAGGAAAAAGAGUUGUCUGUGGCGGUGGCGAAGGUGGAAGAGCUGACGCGGCAGCUGGAGGAACUUAGAAGAGGAAGAGUACAACCUGCCCCUCCCUCGGCCCAUGAGCUGGACAAACUAAGAAGAGAGCUUAUGUAUCGGAACAAGCUGAACGAACAACAGAACGGGAGAUUAUCAGCGCAGAGGGCAGCACUAGGCGCCCGGCAAGAAGAGAUGAGGAGCAUCGAUCGAAGGGUGUCUGAACUCCAAGCAAGGCUUUUGAGGAAACGGGCUCUCAAUAGACAGCUAACUGCUGCUCAUAGACAGCCGCAGCAGAGAAAUACCAAUCCCACGCCGAUGCAGCAACUGCCCAAUUACCCUGCUGGUAAUCAGAUCAGCCAACCAAAGAACCCACAAAGAGGCAACGUGGCUGCUGUUGAGCCAUAUAACCACAUACCACACGCGCAGAGCCUGCAUAAUAAUAAUUUCCAGGCUGUAAAGCAGAAUAAUGUGCCAUUAAAACAACUAACACAAAGUGAAAACAUGCAAAACCACCUUACGCAGCAAGAAGCCCAUUUUCUGCAGCAAAAGCCACUGAUGAACCCCCUAUACAAUGGCAAUUAUCAUAUUCAACACUCACAGGACCAAUAUCCCACCCAGUACCCUAACAAACCGGAUACAAAUGCAUUUAACCACGUUCAGCAGGGAAUAACGAAUUCUUACGAAAAAUCUAUAUUCGAUCACGUCAACAAAUAUUCAGAGUUCCCAAAACAACAGUACAGUCCAAAUAGCACCAGCAGUUCAAACAGCAAUCAAAAUGCAAAAGAGCCUAAAAUUAAUGAACAAGAAUUCCCUCCCGAAUUUGCUGCGAGCAAAUCGGAUCCUAAGUAUCAAACACUUCCAUAUAAUACGAAAUUUCCAAAUGGAAAAGUGAACGGAAAAGAAGAUAAGAAUCAAAAUGUCAACCAUAUGACGGUGCAUUCGACACCUCUUUCGGUGGUUAAUAAAAGUCUCGCGACACCUCUAAGUCAAGAAACAGCAUAUCAAGAACAGACAUAUCAGCUACAAAAAUCAGAUUCAUCCAGCAGAUGUAAUCAAGAAGGAAAGGAAAAUCAUGCAUAUCAACAGAAUUCUAGGUUAAGUAAUAGUCAAGAAUCGAAGAAUGGAAAAAGUCAGGGUAAUCUGAAAGGAAGUUCGCCAAGCAUGUUGUCUAGCUCCUCUGCCAGCAGUUCUAUAGGAUUCGGGAAACCCGUAUCGAGUGUAGCCCCUACAUCGGUUCAGGUCGGCAAACCAUCACCCAUUUACCAGACAUCCUCGACAAAAAUCCAGCCGGUUCAACCGCAAACCGUUCAGACACAGACCCUUAACGCUAAUCCUUCCCAAAACCAGAUCAGAAACACGGCAUCGGGAAUUUCGAACUUGAGCGGCCAGAAUUUGUCUCAAAGCCUGCUUUUGUCUCCUCCGCAAAGUGCCAGCACUCCCCUUUCGACUCCAGACGUGAGCGCCGACAAAUCGCCCAAACCAGCGCUACCUCCCAAACCCAGCAUCAAGACUCCACCGAGACAGUCGGCUAACAACGAUACUGGUUUUCGCGAAACGAACCCACCUGACUCAACAGAGACCGAUUCUCAGAAAGAAAACGGAAACUCAAAUGAGAUGAUUAUUAAAGCGCGCCCCUUAACAAUUAGGAAACCACCGCUAAGCGAACAACCAAAAUUGAGGAGCGCCAAAAACGGUCUAAGCAACAGACGGAUCGAAAUGCCUCCCGCAUUUCUUUUCCCAGAAAUGGAAGAUGACAAGGAGAGGCUAAAAAAGGAGGAACCGAUGAAUAAUAACAUAUCUAAUGGAAGCGAUAAGGAAGAUAAAGAUGUAUCUGAUAUAGUGGAGCAAAUAAGCUCAGUGGAUCUUAACCAGGAGUCUCGUAAUGAUGUGGUCCGGAGAUCGAAGAAGGGAAAUCUGAAGCAAGGGGGUAAGGCUCCGCUCGCGAGGCGAGUUAGCUUCGACCCUCUCGCUUUGUUGUUAGAUGCUAGUCUUGAGGGCGAAUUGGAACUUGUUAAGAAGACUGCAACACAGGUGCAAAAUGCAAGCGCUGCAAACGACGAGGGAAUUACAGCUUUACACAACGCCAUCUGUGCCGGCCAUUUCGAGAUAGUCAAGUUUUUAGUAGAGUUAGGUUGCGAUGUCAACGCCCAAGACUCCGAUGGCUGGACUCCUCUCCAUUGCGCCGCGUCGUGCAACAACCUACCCAUGGUUCGAUUUCUAGUCGAUAAUGGCGCCUGCAUAUUUGCAACGACACUAUCAGACCACGAGACUGCAGCAGAGAAAUGUGAGGAAGACGAAGAAGGCUUUGACGGCUGUUCAGAGUACCUCUAUAGUGUUCAAGAAAAAUUAGGUAUAAUGAACAGCGGUAUAGUAUACGCCGUGUUCUCGUAUACGGCGUCGCGUUCCGACGAACUAACUUUCGAGUCGGGCGCGAGGCUUCAGGUGCUGAGGAAGGGAGACGACAAUGAAAGGGAAUGGUGGUGGUGUCGGGAUGAUACGCACGAGGGAUACGUGCCUAGGAACUUGCUUGGGUUAUAUCCGAGAGUAACCCCACAGCAAGAAUAAAAAUGGCUUAAGUAACGGACCUAAUAUGUAAAUAGUUAUUUUUUAUGUAUUUAUAAUAUGUAUUUACUUUACAUUGUAUACAAUUUUAUGAGAUAUAAUAUUUUGUAAAUAUUUAAUUAAGUUCGAAACAAAUGAGAUUAUAUUGUAGAUUUUAUAAAUAAUGAGUCAUUUUAAUUAAUUUGUACCUAAUAUAAUUGCAAAUUGUGAAAUAUUACACAUAAAUUGACAAUACAAAGUAAUUAUUACAAACUA